CGGCACUCACCCCCAGCAGUCUGUAAAGACUUACACGGCGGGGAAUCUUAGUGUGUAUCCGGUGUUGGUCAACGCAACAGCAAUGCGAAUGCGAAAACAGAUGGCACGCGCCCUGUUCGUAGCCUCAUGCCAACCUCGCUGAUCUGACACCCUGGGGGUGGGUGGGUGGUGUUGUCUGCGCGUGUAUGCCCACGGUGUUUUUUUAUUUUCUCGCGCGAGAACGAAAACGUCCUACGGACGCCACUCGCCGCGUGCGCUGCGAGGCGCAAGGACUCAGCAACACCGCUGCGCCAGGAGGGACGAAGAGGGCUUCUUUCUCCCCGAGGUUUUGGCAUGGCCCAGUCGGGAGUGCAUCGCGAGCCCCGGCCGGAGGUGCCCGGGUCGGAGGCGAGCGACGGGUGCCGCUCCAAGCACGGCCAGUACCUGCUCGAGCAGCUGGCGCGGCUGAGGGACGCGCGCGAGCUCACCGACGUGGAGCUGCUGGCGGGCGCAGCCUCCUUCCCGUGCCACCGCGCCGUGCUGGCCGCCUUCAGCCCCUACUUCCGCGCCAUGUUCACCUGCGGUCUGGCGGAGUGCGUGCGCCGCGAGGUGCGGCUCCACGACCUGGCGCCCGACAGCCUCGCCGUGCUGCUCGACUACAUGUACACGGCCCGCCUGCCACUCUGCAACGCAAACGUGCAGAGCGUGGCGACGGGCGCGUUCCUGCUCCAAAUGGACGGCGUCUUCGCCGCGUGCUCCCGCCACAUGCUCGACAACAUGGAGGCGUCCAACUGCGUGGGCCUGCACGCGUUCGCGCGCCAGAUCGGCGCCGAGCAGCUGGCGGACGCGGCGCACGACUUCCUGCGCCGACACUUCGCCGAGGUCUGCCUGCACGACGAGAUCCUCGAGGUCAGCGCGGAUCAGCUGGAGGCGCUGAUCUCGUCGGACGAGCUGAACGUGUCGCGCGAGGACCCCGUGCUGGACGUGGUGCUGCGCUGGGCACGCUGGGACCGCAGGGCUCGCGCCCCGCACUUGGCGCGGCUGCUCGCACGCGUGCGGCUCACGCUCGUCAGCCCGGACUGCCUCAGCGAGAGCCUCAAGAGGAGCACGGUGCUCGUGAGCGACGCCGCUUGCAGCCACAUGGUGUCCGUGGCCCUGGAGUCGGUCGACUCGAGCCGAGCCACCGUCGCCGUGACCCCCGGCGCCGGCCUCCGCUACGGCAUGGAGACGUCGGACGUGAUCGUGUGCGCCGGCACCGACGCACGUGGCGUGCGGUCGCGACGCCCGGGCUACGCCGACGCGUGCUUCUGCUACGCGCCGGCGCUGCGUCGCGCGUGCUACGUGGUCUGCCCGCGUCAGGGGGAGGCCCUGGCGGCCGUUCGGGCCGGCGUCGUCACGGCCGACAACGACAUCGUCCUCGCCGGGGAGGCCGGCUUCACCAAGGCGGCGCGCCGCGGGAGGGGAGCGCCUCCCGCCGGCGUCGAGUUCGUGAGGUACCGUGCGUCGAGCUGGGAGCACGUGUGCUCGGCGCCGUACCGCGAGCUGUACGCGCUGGCGGCGGCGCGCGGUCACCUCUACCUGCUGGGCGGCCAGGUGCAGGAGAAGCAGCGCUACCUCGUCACCAACGCCGCAGAGCGGCUGCCCCUCCCUUCGUCGGGAGGAGGUGACGGAGGAGGAGGAGGGAUGACGCAGCAGUGGCGCAGUGUUUCUCCGCUGCCUGUCAUGCUGGCCUCACACGUGGCCCUUACGGUCGGCAGUUACAUCUACGUGAUGGGAGGAUGGACACCGCAGCUGGAGCGCCCGGACGAGGAGCUGGAGCGGCUGAGCAACCGCGCCUUCCGCUACGACUCGGAGCGCGACCGCUGGCAGGAGCUGGCGCCCAUGCGCUUCUCCCGCUACCGCUUCGGCUGCGCCGCCCUCAACGGCGAAAUCUACGUCAUGGGCGGCAUCGGUUGCAAGGGACCGGACCGGGGCCAGACACGGCGCUGCCUCGACUCGCUCGAGAUCUACAGCCCCGACGGCGACUUCUGGAGGGACGGACCCCCGCUUCCCUCCCCGCUCCUCUCGCUCCGCAGCAACGCCUCCAACGCCGUCGCCGUCAACGGCCGCGUCUUCGUGUGCGGUGGAUUCAACUCCCCCGACCGACACGAGGUCAUCCAGAAGGACAUCCUGGAGUUUGACCCCUGGGAUGGCGGCUGCUGGACGGUGGUGGCGCGCGACGUUCUCAUGCACAACGACUACGACACGUGCCUGGUGGCGCGCCUCAACCUCCGUGACCUCAUCCCCCCGCCCCCCGACCUCGUGGAAGCGUGACCCCCCGCCCCCCCAACCAACUCACCUCUCUCGCCCCCCAUGGGGGGGGGGGGGGGGGGCGGUUGAUUUUCAGCCGGCUCUGACCGGGUCGCCAACCUGGACACUAUCAGUUUAAUACGCAGUAGCAGGGCUUUCGCGGAAACAUUAUCCAUGAUAUAGGGGGAGUUAUAUCGCGUGAACAACAAUGUGUCGUUAAACCCGCCACCACCCGGCACAACCAAUUCGUAAGGCUUGUUACGUUAACAGAACAUGACAAUUCGUCACUAGUUCAGCACACCGGUGGUGUGUUGGAGAGUGCUCGAAUUGUAAAUGUUGUCGGUUUACUCUCCAAUACACCGGUGCGCUGAACUAGUAACUAAUUGGCGCACUUUGUUUACGUGACUAAACCUCACUAAUUAGCUGUGUCGGGUGGUGGCGGAUUUAACGACACAUUUAAUAUCGACUGGACAAUAUUGACUCCGCGCCUGCCACACGACGCGUCCAGUGCGCUCCUCGCCGAGACUGAGGCUGCUUUUCCCGCACCUCCGAUUAGCGCGGUUGGCUACGCGCGCGGUGCGAAAGAAGCUCAACAUACACGCAGACACUGCAGACAUGCCACCGAUGCCAGUUCACCAGCGAGACGGCAAAUAUUCUUGCGAACAGCACACCACAUCCGCCGUGGCUCUGGCCAUGGCUGUUGCUACGAGUCACGGUGCCUGCUCCGUCAGUCUCCCAGCGAACCUGGGAAAUGUUCUGCGGGGAAAUGAAGACCCGCUGGCGUCGCUUACCGCCCGCCGCUGCCCCGUACGCUCCUGGGUGACGUGGAGACUUUGCGGGGAGAACAUCGCCCUUCUGCUAAGGCGGACCUCGCGCUCGAGUAAAAUAUGUGUCGCUUGGGCGUUUAUGGAUCUCCCGGCUUAUUGGAUUUUCGCCGCGCUCAGUUUGGCGGUCUUGCACCAGACUUUUUUAUUUCACCGAGCGCUUCAGAGUAAGUGCCACUCGGCCAGUUCUCCUCCGGAGCUAACCUGGUGCCGUCCUCAGCAAAGCCAUUUCCCACAAUCCCCUGGGAAAUUGUUGGAAGAUUUAUAUGUAUAACAUUAUAUAUACACAAAAACACUUCGUCGUUUCUACUGAGGGGAGCUCUCUCAUUUCGUGUUUUGAGACUUUUGUAAAACGUUUCGAAUCGGCGAUGUUGAUGCGCAGGCGUGCGGGAAGGGUUUUUGUUUGUGCACGCCAUGCUAAUUCGGCACACACAGGCUUGGGUAAAGAUCACACGUUGAACGCUGCAGUGUGUGUUUGGAGCAAACGGAUGUUUAGCCAGAAUAAUUAUUAGGUAGAUGCAGAGGCGCUACUACUUACGGGAGGGCGGGGGUGCGGACCGCACCGCGUGACACCAUCAGAGGGGGUGACACUAAAAUGACUCUCUAUACAAUUUUUGUGCAGUGGUUCAGCAGAAAUUUAUUAUUUUUUUUACAAGAAAAAAUAUCCCUGUAGUUAGUUAUAACAAAAAAAAACAUUUUUCGUAAGCCCAGCUUACAUGUACUGUAUCGAUAUACCUACAAGGAUAAAACUCUAUGCUAACUUACUUUUUUAACCUUCUAAUGGUACUCCGGUCAGAGCUGUCACUGUUACCCAACUGCAGUGACGCUUCGAGUCACGUGGUUUCGUCUGCACGCGCUGCAAGCACGUGCUGUUGUUUUCGUUGCUGCUCGUGUUUCUGUAGUCGCUGAUUUUGUCACAUUUUCUGGUGUUUUAGCUACAAUAUUGUGGUAAUGAGUAUUUGUGAACCUAUGUCAAUAACUUUUUUUGUGAAUGAAGUAGUAAUUAAGGGAAAUAUUGUAAUUUAAAGGUGUAAUUAAAAUUUUGCUAGUUGUUUAUGUCACUACUAUUGCCAUUACGUUCAGUGACAUACGAUUUACGAGUAAAAUUAGUACAAAAAAACAUUACUAAGGAUUCUGUAUGGUGUGGUACGGGUGGAGGUCCAUGAGGGGUGACACCAUGAGGAGUUACCGCACUGGGUGACACCAACCCGAGUGAAGCCACUGGGUAGAUGGAUAUUUAUAUUCAACUUAUGUGCACAAUGCAAUACUUGAAACAGGUGUGAAAAUAACAAAUACGCAUAUUGUAUUUAUUUGUGUUUUAAAAGCUGGGCCAUAAAGAGGAGGGGGUAUUGAAUGGGGGUGGGGGGGUAUUGUAUUUCUUGCACACAUUGGGCAAGGGUUGCCACCUCUGAGGUACUCACGAACUGGGGCAGAGCACGCGAGGAAGAAGAGGACCUCACUUUACCGCAAGCGUGGACAACACGUAAAUUAAUUGUCCUGAGUGGUGUGUUGUUAUUAUUAUUGCGCACUGGUCAAGAAACAGGACUUUUAACGCCACGGAGAGAAUUGCAAAAAAAAAAUUCCCCAGGAACGUCUAACCCCUCGAAAAGGGAGAACGAUCCUGGGAAAUUUAACACGUAGGCUUUCGCGACAAAUAUUAUUCAUAAUAAAGGUUUGUGGGCUAGAUCGCGUAAGUAUUAAUGACCGGAAGCAGGUGGAUGGCUUCACUUUUCUGGCAAAUCGCCCGAUGAUGCUGGUUGAUGUAAUUACCAGCGAAACGUCGUACUACUCAAAUUGUAAAUGUUGUGGAUUUACUCUCCAACACACCGGUGGGCUGAAGUAGCAAUUAAUUGACACGUUCUUUACUGUGGCAAACCUUACUGGCUGUGUCGGGUGGUGGAGGGUCACGACACAUUUAUACUGACGCGAUCUAAGCCCAAAAACAUUUAUUGUGAUCCUGCGAAAAUCGGGACAGGUGGCGAACCAAUCGAACCUACGGGCUCAAUGCAAAAAAAAACACAGCCCACUCGUGGCGGUGGUGGUGGCCCUACGUAGACAUCCGUUACCCACUCAGCUACCGUAACGUCUCUCUGCUUCGCGAACGCGAAUUUAAAUGCGGGGGCCCGGUUUUUCCCUUCCCCCCCCCCCCCCAAUCGACUCCCUCUCGGUAUCGCAGCGUAUCUGCCCAAGGUCAAAGUCGACGACCUCCACCACCACCACCACCCCCCUGAGUAGAGGAAUUACAAUAAUUAUAAUAGUAGUAGUAAUAAUACAUCGAGUGCUCCCCGCGGAGAGCCUGAGCAACGAGGCAGGCAUACACCACGAUCGUGAAGACGACCGAUGGGGAUGUGAAUUCCAGUUUUUUUCACUCUCUCUCUCUCUCCCCGUCCGCCAGUUAUGGCCCGGGCUUGUGCUGUGGAGUGAGACUAAUGGAUUUCAGAGAGGGGAGGAAAAUAAAGCUUUGGCACCUGUGGAAAGAA